AUGUCUUCAUUUUCUCCUGAUAUUAAAAAAACUAUUGAGGUUGAAGUUGAUGCAUCUUCUUUCCAUAGUGAUUCUGUUGAUUUCACUAAAGAUGAUAUACAAGAUGCUGAAUCUAUUUUCCAUAAUGAAAAACAAUUAUCUGAAGGAUUAAAUACCAGAUUAAUUGGUAUGAUUAGUUUAGUUGGUGUUUUCGGAACCGGAUUAUUUUUAAGUUCGGGUGGUACAUUAGCUACAGCUGGUCCUGUGGGGAUGAUUCUUGCCUUUGUGCUUGUGGGUAUUGUUGUUGCUGCUAAUCAAAUUAGUACGUUAGAAGUUGCUUGUUUAAUGCCGGUUACUGGAUCCAAUAUUAGACAUGUUGAACAUUUUGUUGAUAAAAGUUUUGGAUUUGCUUUAGGAUAUGUGAAUGUUUAUUCAGCUAUUAUCCCCAGUGAAUUAGCUGCUACUAGUGUUGUGGUUUCAUAUUGGACAGAUAUUAACCCUGCGGUAUUCAUCACAAUUUUUGGAGUAGUGAUUAUUGCUGUUAAUUCAUAUAAAGUGAAAUGGUAUGGAGAAGUUGAAUUUUUUUUCGGGUUUUUAAAAGUUCUUUUGAUUUUAGGAUUGGUCAUAGUGGGUUUGGUGAUUGAUUUGGGUGGUGCUCCUAAUCAUGAUCGUCUUGGGUUCCGUUAUUGGAAAGAUCCAGGUCCAUUUGCUGAACGGUUUGUGACAGGGUCUACCGGUAAAUUUUUGGCAUUUUGGAAAUGUGUUUCAUCAGUGGUUUAUAGUUUUGGUGGAGUUAACCUGGUACCACUUCUUGCUGGUGAAACUAAAAAUCCACGUAGUUCCAUUUAUCGUGCCCUGAAAAGAAUAUUGGUUCGAGUAUUGAUUCUUUAUUUUUUGGCCGUUUUCAUUCUUUCAUUGAUUGUUCCUUAUAAUGAUAAAUCAAUUGCUUCACCCACAGGGAAUGCUGCCGGGUCUGCUUGGGUUAUUGCCGUGCAAAGAUCGGGGAUUAAAGUAUUACCUCAUAUUAUUAAUGCUGUGGUGUUAACUUCGGCAUUAUCAGCAGCCAAUUUAGGUCUUAUUCAUGCCAGUCGUUCAUUAUUUGGAUUGGCAUCUAAUGGACAAGCACCAAAAAUAUUCUUAAAAACUAAUAAACAUGGUCUUCCUUGGGUUGGAGUUGUAUUUGCUGCAUUAUUUUUGCCAUUGUCUUAUUUGUCAGUUAGUUCAGGUACAUCCCAAGUUUUCAGUUGGUUUCAAAGUAUAACUUCAUCUAAUCUUUUAGUCAAUUGGAGUGUUUUCGCCCUUGAUCACAUAGCAUUACAUCGUGCUCUUGAAGCUCAAGGUUAUAGUAGAGAAAAUUUGCCUUAUAAAAUUCCUGGUGGACAAUAUGCUGGUCCUGUAUCAUUAUUUUUUUCAUUAUUAUUUUUAUUUACAGGUGGAUUUGCUGUAUUUAUUAAAGGUCAAUGGAAAUUUGCCAAUUUCUUUAGUUCCUAUUUCGUUAUCCCAUUAUUUUUCGGGUUAUACAUAUUUAGCAAACUUUUUUUCAAGACCAAAUAUGUCAAACCAACAGAAGUUAAAUUGAAACCACUAUUCUAUGAUGUUAUUAAUCGUCCAGAACCUCCAAUAAAGAAAUUAAAAGGUUGGGAAAAGAUCAGUUUAUUAUGGGGAUAG